CCCUACCACUCUAUCACUACCACCGUAACCAUGUUGGUCUACCCAGUCCUAGUGCUAGCCCUAGGUGCCCUAUGGCCACUGGACUGGACAACUACUGAACUGCACUCACUGAGUCCAGUGACUGGCCACUACCACGGUGCUGCAUGGGCCAUGGCAGAGAAGGUGAUUGGAGGUGAUGAUCCUGAGGAAGUAGUGGUAGUGGAAGCUGACAGUACUGAUGAGGUGGCGAAUAACAAGGAGACUCAGAAGAGUUGUGAAGGAUGGUUCACGAAGUGGUAUAUGGUGGCGCUAUGUCUGGUGGUAUUAAUAGUAUUGGGAAUAGUGGUAGCAGUGAUUAAGCCUACGAAUGGUGGUGAAGAGGGGAGGUGGGCCGGGGUAGCAGUAAUAGUUGUGAUCGUUAUAUUUGUUAUCAUAAUACACAACUGGAACAACAUAAGGAAGGUUAUCUCUCGUAUUGGCUGCAGUGGAAGUUCUCUGAAGAAGUUGAAUGCUAAAAACGUAGAUUAAUGAAUAUAAUCUGAAGAUGUACCCUAUAGACAACA